AUGACAACCGAAACAAAUCAAGAUGAUCAACAAACUGCUUGUGAAGAUCUACUUCGUGAAUGUUUAGAAGAAAUAAAUUUAGAAAUUGAUCUUUCUCAUGGAGAAUUAAUUCAAAAGAAGAAUUCUUUACUUGAAUUUCAAUUCGACAUGGAUCAAGCUCUAGAAAUCUAUGUACAAGAAUAUGGAAUUAAACCACAUGAAAUAAAACAUCAAUUGAAAAAAGCAAUCAUUAUGUAUAAUUAUCAAACAGAAAUACUUGAACGAAAAUAUUCACACGAAAGUCCAAAUCAAUAUCAAAUGGAAGUUGCUAAACGUCUUGUUAAUAUGAGACGCGACUUAGAAAAAUUAAAACGAGCAUUACUCGAAUUGAAACAAGGUGUCAUCUUCAAUAAAUCAUGUAUAUCAUUCGAUUUUAUUCAAAUAUCAAUGCCAACUUUCAAUGAUACUACUAUUAAAAAGGGCAGCGUGCAACAAAAAUUAUUGAGUCAAUAUGAAAAACAAAUUCGAUAUAAGAAACUUGAUUUAUUAGCUAUAAAUAUAUUAGAAGCUAAACAGACUUAUUAUCGAUUUCAAAAUCUAUUCGAUUAG